AGUCGAUGUCCUUCUCGACGGAAGUUCAACGGAUCGCGUCCAGUCCCAGACGUCGUGCAGUUCACCAGUGUUGAGAAAUGCCUUGAAAACAGUGACGUGCGAGUCCUGUUCCUUGCGCUCCAGUUCCGUCACAUGGUCUCCCUUCUUACUCCUUAUAAGGACCUGCUCGGCGGCAAAGUUCUUGUCGAUGUGUCGAAUCGAUCCCGGAAACCAAGUGGCGGUCAGCCAUCAAAUGCUGAAGUGUUAGCCGAACAGUUUCCGAAUGCACACAUUGUGAAAGGACUCAAUACCCUGGCGCCAGACGUACUAGAAGGGCUUUCAUCCGACGCCACGUCACGCACCACUGUAUACCUAGCAGGCAACGAUAUCAACGCUGUCAACAAGGUCGGACGGGUCAUUCGCCACAUGGGAUUCAGUCCAAUAUGCCGCGGGGACCUGACUACUGCACACGACAUCGAGGCCCUCCCCCACAUGUUCAUGAAAGGCUGGGCCGUCCCAGCAUGCAUCACAUGUUGCGUAGUUCUUCUUUGGUUCUCACUUCUUGUUUUCAACGAGGUCCGCAAACAGCGAGCGUCUCCAAGGCAGGUCUACCAUUGGCAGAAAAUUCCACUCAAUCUCCUGAAUGUUUUACUUGCGUUGUCCGCCAUUAGUCUUCUUGCGCUAACGUAUUUUCCGGGCUGCCUAGCUGCACUUGUCCAGUUGUGUUACGGAACCAAAUAUAAGCGUUUCCCUCCCUGGAUGGACGAGUGGCUCAAAUCUAGGAAGGUUCUUGGCCUCACCGCUAUCCUCUUUGCGUUCUGGCAUGUAGUUAUCUCUUUGAUUUUGGUGUCACCGUCCACUAUGCCAUUCCUAUACUCCACUCAAGCAAGCAGCAGCAGUAGUAGUAGUGGCAGUAGCAGCAGGGGCAGCGACAGCAGCAGCUACCACAGCAACAUCAACGACAACAAUGUUCAUAGUAGCAGUCAAUACUACCCCCACUAUACCUACAGCAAUUACUACGCUACCGUGAAUAUCAACAACAGUAACAACAGCGACAGCAGCAACAACAAUAAGAAAAACAACACCAACAACAACAACAUUAACCACUACAAAAAUGACAACAGCAACAACAACACUUAUUACAACGAAAAUGGCAACAACAGACACCACCACCAGCAAAAGCCACAAUCGUUAACAUUAACCAGCAGUGUUGGGCUUAGUGUUGGUAUAUUGUCGUUCAUAACAUUAUCGGUGGUUGGAAUCGUGACAUUACCAUCUGUGGGGUCACGCCUCAACUGGCGCGAGUGGCGUUUCUUCCAGAGUCACUUGGGCUACGCCACUCUCUUUCUUGCAGCGGCGCACGUGACGCUGCUUUUCGUGCCGUACUGGCAAGCCCUCGGUAUGAACUUCUAUGCGGAGAAGUCCUUCCUCUGUUGUCUGACCCCUUUCUUUGUCCUCUUCCUCAAACUACUCCUCAUUCUGCCGCCGAUUCAUCGACGCAUCGAUGCCAUACGGGGUGGGUGGGUGAGGAAGAAAAACCCGCCUAAGGUCACUUUGGAAGAAAUGGAAUUGCUUUGAGAGAGAAGUAUUGAAGUUUGAUUUGUGCAACCACACAUGUAUCCCAUACAUACAUACAUACAUACAUACAAGUUCAGGUUUAUACCUGUAAUUAUUGGGGCCCUGGGAUAUGCAACACACUGCCUAAAUACCAAUCUUGAGAAAUUAGUCUUCGCAAAACCAGAAAGGAGAAAGCUAAUUCAAAGACUACAGAUCCAAUCCAUCACUGGAACUGUAAAAAUCUGUGAAACUUUCCAGAAGUUUAUCAUUUAAAUAUAUAUGCGCAUGUCUAGAUAUGUAGCUAUAUACAUGAGAAUACAUACAUAAAACAUACACAUCUGCACAUACAUAUAAACAUAUAUACAUACAUACAUACAUACACACACACACACAUACAAGCAAAAAUGACCUGUUGUUCAUGUUGAAAUUCCAAUGAAGGAACCUUGGAUCUAGGUUAGAAACCGGUUCUUUCUCUAUUGGCAAGAAAUCUUGAAAUAAACUGUAUAAUGACAUACAUACAUAUAUAUUUAUACAUACAUAUACACAUAUGAGGGGGUGCUGAAAAGUUCCUGGUUUUGUGUAAAAGAAAAUACAGGAGGAUCAGUUAAUUAUAACUUUAUUCAACGUAUUCCCCUUUCAGAUUCACACACUUAUUUGCAGUGGUCCCUCAUGUUUUCUAAACCCUGUAAAAGAACUCGGAGGGUUGAACCUCCAACCAGGCCCUUCACAAUACCCUUAAAACCAGGAACUUUUUAGCACCCCCUCAUAUAUAUUCAUACACACACAAACAUGAACAUAUGCACCUACAUACAUACAUACAUACAUAUAUACACACAUGAGGAGAGUGCUGUAAAGUCCCUGGCUGUGGGUAAAAGAAAAUAGAGGAGGAUCAGUUAAUUAUGAUUUUAUUCAACAUGUUCCACUCUAAGAUUCACACACUCAUUGCAGCGGUCCUUCAGUUUUUCUAAGCCCUAUAAAAGAACUCGAAGGGUUAGGCCUUUUCAGUACCCCCUCGCAUAUAUUCAUACAUAGACGUAUGCAUACACGAACACAUACAUACAUACAUACACACAUACAUAUGCACACAUAUAUAUAUAUAUAUAUAUAUAUAGACAUUCAUACAUAUGUACAUACAUACAUGUGUAUACAUGCACAUACAUACACAUAUAUACAUACAUAUAUACAUACAAACAAAUAAGGAUGAAAAGCAAAGUCGACCUCAGUGGAAUUUGAACUCAGAACAUAAAGACCAACAAGAUGCUAGUAAUUUUUUUGCCUGGCAUGCUAACUAUUCUACCAGCUCACCGAAUUAAAAAUAACAACAUUAUUGGUUUCAAAUUUUGGCACAAGGCCAGCAAUUGGAAGUGAGGGACAAGUCGAUUACAUUGACCUCAGUGUUCAAAAGGGACUUAUUUUAUUGACCACACACAUACAUACAUACAUACAUACAUACAUACAUAUAUACACACAUAUAAAAAAAAGGACUUAGAAAUACUAAGAAAGAGCAGAAUAAAAUGAGACACAUCAUCUGAACCAAAUCCAUAAGUGGCACAGUGAACAUUUGUAAGACAUUUCAAAGAUUCUUUGUGAGUUUUAACGCUGAAAAAAAAAGAAAAGAAAAGAAAAAAGCCACAAAAAUAUACAAAAGAAAAACAAGCAAAAAAAACCUACUCUGGUAAUUUGAAAAAUACUAGAAUGAACAGUCAAAGAAUUUAA